AUGAUUCCUCGCCCUUCCGUCGAUGAUUCCGAUCAUGUUACAUCCCUUGUCACACCGUAUCAAGAACGCCUCCGUUACGUUACCAUCUCCGUCGCAGAUCAACCACCCGACGUUCAUCUCGAUACGCAAGCCUACAUGGACAACCAAAAGCCCAAACUGAGAGACGCAGUCUCCAGAAUCCUCGAUCCAACAAGAGCCGACUCGCUGACGCGGCUCGCCGGAUUCGUUGUCGACAUGUUCUGUACAUCAAUGAUAGAAGUAGCUGACGAAUUCAAACUUCCAACUUAUAUGAUGUACACGUCGAACGCUGCGUUUCUCGGAAUCACGCUUCAUCUCCAGUUGAUGUUCGACGAGAAGAAGUAUGACGUCAGCGAGUUGGAUGACUCAGUCAACGAGUUGGAGUUUCCGUGUUUGACUCGUCCUUACCUGUUAAAUUUCUUUGACUCAGUCAACCGCAUCAGCAAUCCGCAUGGGCACGGAUUCCAAGAAGUUGAAAGGUAUUUUACCGUUGCGGAGCUGGAGCCUCAGUCUUUGAAUAUAUUCUCUGGUGACCUUUCUCAAGUGUAUCCAGUGGGACCUCUGUUACACCUCCAUAACGACGACGUCGAAGGGAAGGAAUCGGAGAUUUUACAGUGGCUCGACGAGCAACCGGAGAGAUCGGUUGUGUUCCUCUGUUUCGGGAGCAUGGGAGGUUUCAACGACAAACAAACGAGAGAGAUAGCAGUCGUGUUAGAACGAAGCGGUCACCGGUUUCUCUGGUCUCUCCACCGAGGAUCACCGAAUAUAAUGACGGAGCCUCCCGGAGAUUACAAGAAUUUGGAGGAAGUUUUACCCGAGGGAUUCUUCGAUCGGACGUCGGAGAGAGGGAAGGUGAUCGGAUGGGCCCCAAAAGUGGCGGUGCUAACUAAGCCGGCGAUCGGGAGCUUCGUGACUCACUGUGGAUCAAACUCGAUGCUUGAGAGCUUGUGGUUUGGCGUUCUGAUGGUGACGUGGCCGCUCUAUGCGGAGCAGAAGAUAAGCGUGUUCGAGAUGGUGGACGAGCUUGGAAUGGUGGUGGAGAUACGGAGGUUUUUUAGAGGAGAUUUGUUGGCUGGAGACAUGGAGACGUUUACGGUGAAGGAUAUAGAGAGAGCGAUCAGGCGCGUGAUUGAGCAGAAUAGUGACGUCAGGAACAUGGUGAAGGAGAUGGCUAAGUGCCGCGUGGCGUUACAGGACGGCUUUGUGGAAGUUUAUACGAGACGUGGUCGAAAAUGCUGUGGCCUAAUUGGAUGGAAUCAUGUGGAGUCAAAGUUGAAAGGAAUCUCCCUAUACAUUAAAAGAGAAGUCACUUUAGUGAUUUCUCAAUAG